CUCCCACCAUAAUUUGUAUGGUGCCAAGUCAAUGUGCAUCUUCUAAAGCGAUGGUGGUGAUCGCCUAUUCGACCUCACUCAUCAAAACCAACCCAUAGUCAUAAAAUCACUCGAAAGGUGCUGAACCGUCUCCAUUCACUGCUAGCUGGUCCACCGCCGCAUACCAUUCGGUCUCCAGCUGAUGGCGACCACGAAACAUCAUCAACUGCCUUCCUCUGUGCGAUCGAAUUAAUUUCCCGCCUUUCCGUGGAUUGAUUGACCUAGCUAGAGCCAUACGAACUCAUCCGGUGAGCGCGGUGGUGGUAAUGCGCAGCGCAGCAGGUACAAAAUUCGGCCGAAGAAAUAAAUACUGUUCACUGACCGGCACAAGCCACCAUAGUUCAACGGGUCGUUACCGUGUCAAGUUGGGUUCAACCUGGUGCUUCAAGAGACACAACAUGAAAACAUCAACAGUGUGGAUCACCUUCGCAGUAGCUAUAACAGCGAUUGAAGGUCAUUACUACACCCCGUUGGAACUGGAACACCAGCUGGACACGGACUUCCACCUCAACGAAGUUGAUUCCUUUUAUCCACUGGAUCAGGAAUUGAAUCAGGAUCAUCUACCCUUAGAGCCGUACUAUCCUAGUUCAACAUUUUGGGACCAUUUACCAGAGAAGCCAAAAUUCAUGAACUACCAGGCUCAGCCGAAUUCGUUGGUCAACUAUACCCCUGUACAACCAGGCUCGUGGAUUACACCAAAUGUGUUCGUCAACGGACAAGGUUACAUCACGGAUCGCUACGUGGCCCCGUCGGUGCUGAAGAGGUUCCAAGCCAUGAGUCCCCGAUAGGUGGUCGAAUAUUUUCGUUGUU